AUGUCUUACAGCUAUGUUUUACAUAAACUUAACUCUCUGACUGGAGCCCACUUACCAGGUUAACACAUGUACUGCCUCUGGACUAGAUUAGAUAACAUGUGAGUUGUGUCCCCCAUAUGCAUCUCAUACAGACUUGUACACUACAAUGUAAGCUCAUAUAAACAUAUGUACUAAUAUAUGCCCCCCAAAUGCAUCUCACACAGACAGACAGAUUGAUUCUGUGCUGAUAUGUGUGCACAGACAUGAGAAAAAAAUGGAGGAGCUUUAGAUCUGCCACAAUCUGUACAAUUUGUAAGGUGUGAGCUUGUCUUUGUGCAUUAUGCUGCCAGGAUACACAGGGAGGAGGGGAGCAGCAGCUGUCCUCGAAACCGGAAGGAGCGGCUCAAACAUGUCUGUAAGACCAGCGGAAGCAAGUCGGCCAUGUUGACAGCUCUGAGGAUCCGCCAUUAGUGCUGUUCUUUAACCCGGCCACACGAUCUCGUGCGCGCGCACACACACUGAUCUGAUGACGCAGGCUCUUGUUGUUCGAGCGCAGACUUGCUCAUGUGGUUCUUUUGUAAUUUUAGAUCUAUUAUAGGUGAUCUGAGCCGUUCUUCUGAGUGCUCGCUGUAAAAAUAGCCGCUGGAACUAAAUUCAUGACUGAGUAGAGAAGCAUAUUCCUCCGCCCGGUGGUGCGCGUACACGUCCACGUAGUACCCGGAUGGAGUGUCAUGGCCGCCGUGGCUGUGGUUCCACAGAGAGGGAGAAGAAGCAAAGGGUUUCUGAGCUGCGUAAGCGCGACUUCUUCAGGCCGAACCUUUUCUCGCGGUUCUGAUCGGUGAGGGGACGCAGGGCGAACUUCUGUCAAGUUCACAGUCAGAAGGUAAAAACUGGAACUGUGAGCCAACAAAGAGGCUGCAGACCUUCAUUCCUGCAUGCUGGAUCUUCUCUGUAAUCUUCUGCUGCAUAGACCACUUGCUGCUUUUUAUGAAGGAGGGGUCAUAGACUUGCAUAAAGAACCUCAGAUGAGCAGUUCCCUCCCACUCAGGAUGCAAUUAUGUUGAGGACAACAUUGCAGACGUCUGCAGCCAUGGAAGACCUCACAAGGCCUGAAGAUGCAGCUGUGAAAAAUGGCAGUGUCUCUGCCAUAGAGGAGGAAAAGAACAAGGUGAAGGACCUGAUGUUCAAGCAUCUGAGGGAAGCAGCAGAUGUGCAGCUUUUUAGUAAUGGAGAAGACUCUAUAACGGAGCACGGGGCCCCCUCAAAGACUGACAGACAAACCUUAAAAGCCCACUGUAAGAUUCAGCAGGGCGCCGUUUUUUCUGGAAAGAUCCUGAGCUUUGGGUGCUCUGUGUGUAAAGACAGUUCCACCUACAGUCCCAAUGAUCUACUGAAACAUUUCAGAGCCGCUCAUAAAGGAACUCUUCCCACAUACCCAUGUGACCUGUGUGAUUUUGUCACCAAUGAGUUCCCUGCUCUUCAGCGCCACCGCAUGGAGCACAGGAAUACACUAGUUACCUGUGAGCUUUGCAAUGACAAUACUCAGUACUCCCUGUUGUUGAUUACGAGGCACUAUAUGAUGAGUCACAGUACCAAUGGACAGUUCAAGUGUGACUGGUGUGAGUUUAGGACCAGUGAUGCAGGGACGUUUGUCCAGCACAUCCAUCGUCACAAUGACAGUCACUGGAAAUGUUCAAAAUGCAGACAUAUCAGUUUGAAUGAAGAAGACCACCAGAGUCAUAUGAAAGCUCACUCGAAAACAUUCCCCUUCACUUGUCAGGUCUGUGGCUAUGGUGCAACCAGCAGCGAGUAUCUCAGAAAACACAGAGCAAGUGUUCAUAAAGACAUGAGUGAGACAACGAACACAUGGAAAGUGGCUGAAGAUGCACUAGCAAACUUCUCUGCAAAUUCCAAGCAGACCUUUAAGAAAAGUGGUGAGUCACUGGAGACUCUGAGAAUUUUUAAUCCCAGCUGUGUGUCAAGUAGUGUACAAAACCAAACCAGCAGAUCAGUCAAACCAGAUCUACCUGAGGCUCUUCACUGUUCAGAAGGAUCUCCUGUGAAGAAAGACCACAGAGUGUGGAGCAAAAGUCCUGAGAGCACAGAGCAGUCCGCGACAGUGGGGUUAGAGGAAUCUCAAAACACUGACGCAGGAUGUCACACAAAUGCUAAUGGACUCACAGUUCUCAUGGUGAAGAAUAAAAUUUCUCUUCCUCCUAACUGCACGACCAAAGUUAUGGGCUUUAAAGUGGUUGAUGGCAAAAAACACCUGGUUCUUAAAGUAAUACCAUCAGCGAAGCAGGAUUUGAUGGCAAAAUCCAACUGUUUAGUCAGUGAUGUUUCUUUGUUACCAAAGCCUGUGUUGGACAGAGGUAAAGUCAGUGAGACGAAGGAAAACUCGGAUUCCAGGAGCUCAGCUGUUUCACCUAGAACUGGUUCCUGCGGGUCAGGAGUGCAUCAGGGUGAUGUAAUGGCAAUACAAGUGAAAAUUGAGGAGGAGACCUCAGUUUGCAGUGUUAAUGUUGAUGACCAAACAAACGGUUUACACAGCAGCAUCACAACCUGUGCAGAUACAAUGACCUCUGUAACGAAAGAUUCAUGUCAUGUUUGCAACCAAAUUCACCUAAAUGAAGCACGUUGCACUGAGGAGAGGAAUAAUCUCUCCCUGGUCAGUUGUGUUUCUACUGCAGCUAGACAAAUUAGUGCAGUACUAAGCAAUAGCAGUCAAAUUAGUGCUAGUAAAGUGAAAAGUGUAUCUACUCCUUCAGAUCUUCAGAGAGCUAAAAAUCUUAGUUCAGGGUUGAGGAAAUCUGCAGAAAAUUUUGGAGCUGUAAAUCUGUCGUCACAGGCUGAUAAAACUUCAAACUUCAAACAAAAUCAGCAAAAUGUUACAGAUCUUGACUCUUCACCAUGGUCACUACAAACCUCUUUGCUCAGCAAUGGAGAAUGUGCUUCAGGAACAGGGAAGACCAUACAGAAUACACUAAACCAGGAAGUCUUUACCUUUCACAACUACUCCAAGGAAACAUUCAGUAUGUCACCUAAACCUCCCCAAGACUUGGACUGCAAUCCCAACCUGUCUGACUGUGAAAGCAAAUGUGAACCAUCACUGUUCAGCUUGACAUUGACUGAAUCUCCUGAGCGUCUCACAGAAAGUUCAGAAGAAGACAUUGAAGUGGAUGAAUGUGUGGCCAGUGUUGCUGAUCAGCUAAAUGAGGACCAUUCAGAUUCUGUGCUCCAGAACUUGAAUAUUGUCAAAGUCGAGGAGGACAUUGUUUCUAUUUCUGCAACGCAGCCAGAGUUACAGAGCUGUUUGACCUCCAUGGGCUGCUUUGUGGAAGAACACUCAGAUGCAAUUGUCAGCCAGCAGCUUCACAGGGAAAGAAGAGGACCUUCCAGAACCAGCAACAACUCUUUGAAACAAGCAACAAAUUCACAUGUUCUUCAGCUUCCUGAAAGAAAGCAGCCAAUCCUCCUAAGAGCUGCAGAGAAUCGGUUUUCUGUGCCUGUGAAGGUCAACCCCUCUCCAGGUUUUAGACUUUUAACUAACUCUAAAAAAUCCCUGAUCAACGUGUCUUACAUAAGGCCAGGGAUGAACAAAUCAAACAAUGUGGGGGUUGCACCAACAAAGCUACAGUCUGAUGAAAACAGGACCACUCUGGCCUCAGUUCUGCAGCCAUCAACAAAUCCCACUCAGAACCACUACCUGAUUAACAGGGCAGGGUUUAAGGGGCCGACGCUUGUUCCCAGUUCAUCCAACACUCCACCCGAAGUUAAAAUGGCAAAAACUCAACAAACUUGCUAUUUAGUGCAAAGAUCUGUCCCAGUUAAGAGCCCUGGUGGUCCUGUCCUCAAAAUGGCUUCUGCCUCCCAGGAAAACCCCCAUCCAGUCCUGGCAGUGCCAGUGAACCCUGCAGAGAAGCCCAGUGGUCGCCAAUCAUUUCUGCUGAGAUACAUUUCUCCCAAAUCAGGUUUGUGUCUUAACAACCAGGAGACAAAAACCAGAAACCUUUCCAGCCAAACAGGGGAAAACUCUGGAAACAAAGUCAUAUUUAAAAUAGUCUCUCCUUCAGGUAGCCUUCUCACAAGCGGUUCCCCCACUUCAAGAGGCCAGCCUUUGUUUCUUGCCACCAGACCUAAAACCCAGUGUUUCCUAGUGUCGUCAAACAAAACAGAUGCACCUGCUUAUAGUGGAGCAAAGACUCUGAUCGGUUUAAAAAACUCUGCUCAAAAAGAUGUCAAAAAAUGUGAUAUUUUGCUAUCUCAGAUCCUUCCACAGGCCCAACAGUGUGAAGCAGAGAAACUAGCCUUAGCUCCACGAUCAAUAAGACCUCCAAGCCAAAGGAAAAGGUGCAGGAAAACAUUUGAAGAGCCCGCAACAAUGGUGCACAAGGCAAGAAGAGUGUCCAACACACUCCAGAUUGAGAAAGACACUCCUGCAUUAUGGAUUCCUGCUGCCAAGGAAGUAGAAAGGACACUGAAGCUCGCCCCUUUCAGCUCAGUUCAGCGGAUCAAAUGCCCCCGUCGUUACCAGCCUGUGGUGGUGCUCAAUCAUCCAGAUGCUGACAUUCCUGAAGUGGCCAACAUCAUGAAGAUUGUAAAUCGGUACAGGGGUGCUGUCACAAAGGUUUCUUUGUGUCAAAAAACACUUCAAGCACUGUCUGAUCUUGGAGUUCCUGACGAAGACUCCACUUUGUCUAACGAGGAGCGUCUAAGACCUAGACUGAUUCAGACUUUUGCACGAGAGCGAUUUCUUCUUAAAAUGAAACUGCGCAGAAAAAACAAAAAGAAAUACGAGGUGGUUAAGCCAUCAUCUGGCUGUAGACAGAGCACGGUGCUGUUUGACUGCUGGUUUUGUGGGCGGAUCUUCACAAACCAGGAAGACUGGAUUGGUCAUGGUCAGAGGCACCUGAUGGAGGCCACAAGAGACUGGAACAAGCUGUUCUGACUUUCCACUAUCUUUUUAUCUGACCACAUAAAUGCACAUGAUGUUUUAUCUUUUGGUAGGUGUGUAUUCUGGUCCUUGUACACGAGAGUCUGGUUAAACUGUGAAUAUGCUACACUGAAACUAAGAGCAACAGAUGACUGGAAGGGAAGUUUUUGUGCAGAGUGGAAUCAAGUUUCCUCAGGUAAUUUAUAUAAAACUACUUUCUUUUUUAGUCAAAAAGAAUCAUGGCUUUAGUUUAAGUGAUUUUUUUUUUUCUUUCACAUUUUCCUGUUCCCCAUAUCGGGCCAGGAACCAAACGUUUGUACAGCUGACUAUGAAAACCCAGAGUUACUGUCCUGGUUAAAGUAAAUCUUUCUGUCUAAACCCUAAUUAAAAAGGUGGAAUAAUUUCACACUA